GUAUUAUAUUGUGCUUCGCAUUUAAGUAUCUUUGCAUCUUUCAUGUCAUCUGUGUUGACUUCGAGUAAUCUUGGUGGUUUCUUUGUAGCGUGCAAAAAAAGAGGACAAUGAAGAUCCAUCACAGUCUGAGAUGUUUAUUGUAACUCGUACUAACAAGAAAGGAGAGACUGAUUCGGUAACACAAAAGACGAUUGAUCAUCUUCAAAAUUUGAAGCAAGCUGGAUACAGUGAUGAUGAAGCACUUCAAACGAUUUUUGGAAAGGAGAGACAUGGUAGAGUUCAUUUCUAUGGUCGACCAGUCACAAAAUCCUCUCUUAAAAAGGAUAAGCAAAUUCGACAAAUGCAACAACAACAUACUGAAGUGGUUUCAACUAUGGAGAAAAAUCAAAAUAACUUAACUUCCAAGUUGGAUGGUUUAACGAGCUUGAUCAAAACGUUGUUGCAACAAGUUAAUCCUGGUAUGAGUGCAGAACAAGUGCAAGUAAUGAUAGAAGCUGCCCAACAAUCUCCGCUUGAUGCAAGUAGUGCACCAAAUGAUGCGAGGCGAAGCAUUCCUCCUUCACUGGGAUCGAACCAUGUGUCAAAAGAUAUGGAACAGGAGGACAUGAUGUGAAGAAAAUAUGUUCUAUACAAAUAUAAAAUGGGAUGGGUCUUAUAAUGAUUUUGGUUAUCUAAAUGUAUUAUUUUGAUGUGUUCUUUACAUUUUGAUAAGAGACUUUAUCCAAUAUUAGAUGUAAUGAAUAAA